GUUAUUUCUGGUGAUUGAAUAUGUGAACGGCGGAGACUUGAUGUUUCAUAUGCAACGACAAAGGAAGCUCCCUGAGGAACAUGCAAGAUUUUAUGCUGCUGAAAUCUGUAUCGCUCUGAACUUCCUGCAUGAAAAGGGCAUCAUCUACCGUGACCUGAAGCUGGACAACGUACUCUUAGAUCAUGAGGGACACAUCAAGCUCACAGACUAUGGCAUGUGCAAGGAGGGGAUCAGACCAGGUGACACCACUAGUACCUUCUGUGGAACACCCAACUACAUAGCACCUGAGAUCCUGAGAGGAGAGGACUACGGCUUCAGCGUGGACUGGUGGGCCCUGGGCGUGCUGAUGUUUGAGAUGAUGGCUGGGAGGUCCCCAUUCGACAUUAUCACCGACAAUCCUGACAUGAACACAGAGGAGUACCUCUUUCAAG